AUGGCUCAGGAAUCGCUCUCAUCUUUAGUUGAAACAUGGCUCCAGUGGGACCAGGACCCCACGACUCGCGCGGAAAUAGAACAGCUGCGGGAUGCCAACCACACCAAAGAGCUGGAGCUGCGCCUCCGGAGUCGAAUUGAAUUCGGCACAGCGGGAUUGCGCGGCCGUAUGGCUGCUGGGUUCACCUACAUGAACUGUUUGACGGUGAUCCAAGCUUCACAGGGACUCGCCAAGCAUAUUCAAAGCAAAGGUCCAGAAGUCGCCUCCAAAGGUGUCAUUAUUGGACAUGAUGCUCGCCAUUACUCCCACAAGUUUGCUCAACUCGCUGCCAAUGCCUUCGUUGCGCUACAAAUUCCCGUCAAGUUCGUUGACGAGUCGGCGCCAACCCCUCUGGUUGCCUUUGGAGUGUAUCACUUCGGAGCUGCCGCAGGCGUAGUAGUAACUGCAAGCCACAACCCGCCUCAAGAUAAUGGCUAUAAAGUCUACUCCGGCAAUGGUGCACAGAUCAACAGGCCCGAGGAUGGCGAGAUCGCGCGGUCAAUCCUUGAAAAUCUGGAACCUUGGCCAAAUGCCUGGGAGGAAGGACGACGCUCUGGGGAGUAUUUCGACGAAGAAGCCCUCCAGGAGAUCCUCGUUCCGUUUCAACGUCGAGUCAAAGAAUACGCGACAUCAACUGUUUCAGAGAUAUAUCCGCACCGACCAUUUGUUUAUACCCCCAUGCAUGGCGUAGGCGCUAUUCGAAUUGGCUCCCUUUUGACAGAAUUGGGCAUGAAAGAAGACAAAGAGUACAUCAUUGUGCCCCAGCAAGCAAAGCCAGAUCCCGACUUCUCAACCGUGAAGUUCCCCAAUCCUGAAGAGGCGGGAGCUCUAGAUCUCGCAAUCCAGGUGGCCGAUCAACAAAACAAAACUUUGAUCUUCGCCAACGACCCAGAUGCAGACCGUUUUGCAGUGGCCGAGAAAGUCGAUGGUAAAUGGUUCCUCCUCACAGGAAACCAUGUUGGCGUUCUUUUCGCAUCCCAUCUUUUCGAUACCAUUGGCUCGAAUGUGGAUACCUCGAAAAUUACGGUUCUUACGACGACUGUGUCGAGUGGAAUGCUUGAGAAAAUGGCUGAAUCUAAAGGCAUUCGAUUCAAGGAGACCUUGACUGGCUUCAAGUGGAUGGGAAAUGUAGCCCAAGAUCUCGAGAAGACCGGACAGACAGUGCCAUUUGCUUAUGAGGAAGCGCUUGGCUACAUGUUCCCCGCGGUCAGUUAUGACAAAGAUGGCAUCACCGCUCUUUCAGUCUUCUCCAUGGCAACUGCAAAGUGGAAGGCUCAGGGUUUGACCGUAUUCGGCAAGCUUCAACAACUCUUCGCAGAGUUUGGUCAUCAUGAAACUUUGAACAACUACUUCCGAUCUCCAAGCCCCCAGCUUACCCUUGAGCUGUUCCGUGGAAUUAGGAGUGGCUCUUUCCUUCCUGAUAUGCAGCUUGGCAAGUUCAAGAUUCUGCGAUGGAGAGAUUUGACUGAAGGAUAUGACACUGCAUCGGCUGAUCAUAAGCCUGAUUUGCCCGAAGACCCAACCAGUCAGAUGAUUACGUUGUGGCUGGAAGGUGGAUUGCGCUUCACGCUCCGCGGCUCAGGCACCGAGCCAAAGGUCAAAUUCUACAUCGAAUGCUGUGGCGACUCUCGCGAAGACGCAGUUAAGGCUGUCUGCGAUGCUUUCUUUGCAAUUCUGAAGGAAUGGGUUCAACGAUACACCCCCUCCAUGACUUACAGUAAUGAGCUUUCCACCUCGUCGGGCUCUGUUCUGCUGGUGAAUAAAGAAUCGCUGUCUGCCUGA